CUCCAUCUUCUCCACCUAAACCCUCUGAGAGUCUCUCAUUCAAAUCCCAAAAACCCAGCAGUUCCUUCUCAUAUCACCAUGAAAUGAUAAAGACCCAUUUCUCAUCUCACACCCAAAACCCUAAAUUCCAAACCCAAACCCCAAAUUCCUCUAUCUUUCUCACUCCACCGCCAUGAGACCUCCAUUACUUUCUCCAAAAACCCUCUUACUCUUCACUUCCUCUAAUUCUUCUGCACUACUUGUAAAGAUCUCUCAUUUCUCAACCUCUCAAUCUUCAUCAUCGCAUUACUCGUCCCAGUCCAAUUUCUCUGCAAGACGCCACGACGAGGAGUCUCGAAAUGUGAGGGUCUCAGUGUGGUGGGACUUUGAGAACUGCAAUUUGCCAGCUGGAGUUAACGUCUUCAAGGUUGCGCAUACGAUAACCGCGGCGGUGAGGACUAAUGGGAUAAAGGGUCCUGUUACGAUCACUGCUUUUGGAGAUGUUUUGCAGCUCUCAAGGUCUAACCAGGAGGCGCUGUCAUCUACUGGGAUCAAUCUCACGCACAUUCCCAACGGUGGAAAGAACAGUGCCGACAGGUCUCUUCUUGUAGAUCUCAUGUAUUGGGUUUCGCAAAAUCCUCCACCAGCACAUCUCUUUUUAAUUUCGGGCGACAGGGACUUUGCUAGCAUUUUACACAGGUUAAGAAUGAACAACUACAAUAUACUGCUUGCAAGUCCAGAAAGUGCUCCCAGUGUUCUCUGUAGCGCUGCAAGUAUCAUGUGGCAUUGGCAUGCUUUGAUUAGAGGGGAAACCCUUACUGGGAAGCACUUUAACCAACCCCCAGAUGGUCCAUAUGGUUCUUGGUAUGGCCACUCUAAGGUGCGUCUUGAAGAUCCCUUCUCAGUUACUGAGCAAACUGCAUGCUCACGGGCAGAGGACUUGCCUGAACCUAGUUCAGAUUCUAAGCCUCGUCUUGUUCCAAAGACAGUGAUGAAGCUGAUUCGUCAUAUAUUGAAUUCUCACCCCAAAGGAAUCUCCAUUACUGAACUUCGUUCUGAGUUGGGAAAAAGUAAUGUGAGCAUUGACAGAGAUUUGUAUGGAUAUAAAAAGUUUUCUCGCUUUCUUCUGUCAAUGCCACACAUUUUAAAGCUUCAGUCUGGGGGUGAUGGUCAGUUUGUUGUGCAUGGUCUCACCCCUAAAAUUCAUGAACCAUUUGAGUGCAAUCCAGUUGUGUUGACUGGACCUGUUAUUAAUAACGGAAUCCAGGACCCCAUUGCAACUUCAAAGUCAAAUGGCGAGGACAAAUCUAUUGCUGGAGGUGUAAAUGGGAAGCCAGCAUUUCCUCAUUCCUCUGAAUCAAAUGUGAAGGAGGCUUCUAAAAAAAAGCAAGAGCCUUCCUCAAUUGACAGGUCUAUUACAGGAGCUGAGGGAAUGUCACCAUUGCCUCCAUCCCCUGACCUAAACACGGGGGAGCCACAGCAGCAUUCUCCAUUUGAUGAGAAGGUUGUUGAGAGUGAGGGUCAUUUGCCUCCUGUGGUAGAUCAGGAUUCUGCUUCUGAAGUGGGUUUGUUCAGAAGAGUCUGGAGAAAAUAUUUUGGCAGUAGUGAUGGUGGUUCCAAGAAUAAAAGUCAAAGCACUACAGAAAAAUGCUCUACUUCUGGUGUUAGCUCUGAGGAAAAAAGUCAAAGCACUGCUGAACAGCAUUCUGCUUCUUUAAAUGGCUCAGAAAAGGCAAAACUUGAGGAGAAACAUGCAAAAUCAACAAGUCAGGAUGCUAAUCCAAUAUGCCAGGUGCCACAUUCUUCUGCCAAUAAUGAUUCAGAUAUGGACAGCAAAACUGCUAUAGGUUCUGAAGCAUACGGUGAUACAUCAAGAACAAAUCCAGGUUUCUUCAACAAGAUUGUAAAUUGGUGUAAAUUUUGGAGAACUGACCCAAAUUCUGAUAUAUUGAGUGAUCAAUCCAGCCAAAAACUGGACCAGAUAAAUGAUUAUUCCAAAAAGCAUGAGUUAUUUUCUGAGGAUUCUUUUUGGAGUGACAUGGAAUCUUUUAUGGGAACACCCAGUGCUUCAGUUAUUGUCUCCCACUCACGGACCAGGGAAGAGAUGGCACAAAAUCUGCAAAAUGAAGGGCCUCUGUCUCAUAGAUCUCUAACUGAAAGUGACCUCCUUCACUUGGUGGAUUUGUUAAUAUCUGAGAGGAAAUGGGUGGUGGAAUGCCCCUCUCAGACAUCACCUUUCAAACUCACUUCUUCCUUUGGAAAGAGUGCUAUGAUUCAAUCUCGCAGAUCAAAUGGGUUGAGCUCAAUAUUUUCGGGCACAUCACCAAAACAUGAUGGAGAGUUUAAGUAUCAAAAUAUUCUUCAUACUGGAGUUUCUCCACCCGUCACUAACAAGAAACCUUCUGUCCGGUCUAGAAGUGAUAUAUUAGCUGAUUGUCAGAAGCUUGUGACUGAGAUAUUAAAGGAGUAUCCAGAGGGAUAUGACAUGGGCUCCUUCAGAAAACUAUUCCUUGAGAGGUAUGGCUAUCCUCUUGACUUACAAAAGAUUGGAUACCAUAAGCUGGGCUCCCUGUUCCAGAUAAUGCCCGGGGUGAAAAUAGAGUCCUCUUAUAUCUUUCCAUCUGGUAAAGCCUCAAAUCAUUCUGGCCUGGAAAUUGGUGUUCAUGAUGGUCAAGAAAAUAAUGCUAGUCAUUCAGUCACUACUUCAGAUAGUGAAUUGUCUGAUGCAGCAAAGAAGGAUGACGAUUUUGACUCUCCGUGGGAAGAAUUAGGGCCUGUUGCCAAUGCAAGUUCUGCAAGAAAUGAAAUGGAAUCCAUAUUAAUGAGGAAAGCUAUAGAACAAACAGAGAGGCCAAAAUAUCCUGAUUAUGAACCUUCUGUCUCAGAUGAUGACUUUUCUGAUUCAGAAGAGGAGACCUCUACUGCAAUAAGUAGGCCAGAAGGGCAAGUGAAGAAAAUAAACGAUGAAGAUAGCUCACUACUGCAAAUCCUUGAUUCAUGGUACAGCACUAAGGAAGGUGACAUUAGAAAGAGCAAGUCAGAGAAUGUUGAUGGCAUGGUUGAUUGUUCAGCAGAUGGUUUGAAGUCAUCUGGUUCAUCUACAGUUGGAACCAACAGUGAAACUUAUGCAGGAAACUACGUAAAGAAGAAAAAACCUCAGAGGACCUAUUCUUUUGUUUCUGAUCCAGUUGAUACUAACAAGGACAAGCUAAUUGAUGGAAUAUUGGGUUGCCUGAAGAAAUCAGGUGAGUCAAGGAUGCAGAGCUGAAGGGUUAUAAAAGCGAAAACAAGGAUAUGAUGCAUCCUAGGUGUUCAAUUUGAAUGUUAGAAAAGUAUGAUUUUUAGGCUAUUGAGAAAGUUAUAUUAGAAUUAGAUGAGUCAUAAUCCUCAUUAUACAUCAUGCAUGUUGCAGAUGUAUUAUUUUAUUGAGAAUUUUGAUCCUAAUAAGGUAAGAGGUGCAAUGUGAGAUCAUUGGUGAUACAAAGAAGUAGAUUUUUGCCUUAAAUCAAGGUUAGGAAUGACAUUAGAGAAGUGUGUCAUACCUUGAUUACUUUUAAUCCAUAUCCAUCACUUCCAUACUGUCCGUAUGCAAAGAACCCUAAGCCUUUUCAUAUGCCUCUAAUCUAAAGCAUUCUCUUCAUUCUUUUU